GCUCCAAUGGUCCAACGCGCAAUGAAGUUCACGCCGGAGGUCCUCCUGUCCGCGCCAAGGCGAUCUUCAGGCAUACCAAACCCAUCUGGAACCAAGGUGCUGUACACAUCAUCAACUUACGACUUCCUGACUCACCAGAAGACGACAGAGCUACGUCUACUGAACAUCCAAACUGGGGGGUCAGAGGAGCUCUUGGGAGACGAGGCAUCGGACCUCAACUGGCUAACUGAUGAUGUUUUCUGCUAUUUGCAGGCGAACAAGGACGGUACGACCAGCUUGUAUGCUUCUAACACGGCUGGCGAGCGAUUCGUGACUGGCGUCAUCGAUGCAGCUGCGAGCAACCUCAAGCUUAAGGCGCUUCAGGAUGGAGCUGCUGUAGUCUUCAGCGCGCCGACGCUUCCUGAUGGCACCCUCUACUCUCCGGAAAAGGCGAAGCAAUCGACUAGAUCCAGCGGUCGGUUAUAUACCAGUCUCAUGGUGCGCCACUGGGACAAGUACGAAACACAAGCGAAGAACGCACUAUGGUAUGGCAAGCUCACCCACGGCGACAAUGGCAGAUACACUCUGUCGAAGCUCAGCAAUGCUUUCAAAGGUCACCCUGAAUUGGAGUGUCCAAUCCAGCCUUUCGGGGGUAGCGACAAUUUUGACAUCAUGAAGACAGGUAUUAUCUUCGUGACGAAAGAUCCCAAGCUCAACCCAGCCCUGAACACCAAGUGCAACAUAUACCUGCUUCACAUGUAUUCCUGGACUGGUAAUCUCCCUAAUCUUCAGCCAGUCCUCGAAGAGAUUCCGAUUCCGGACUUCGAAGGCGCCGCUACCUGUCCGGUCUUUGAUGCCACAGGCACCAGAGCAGCGUGGUUAAUGAUGAAAGACAACGGUUACGAGGCCGAUCAGAACCGUACUUUCGUCAUGGCGGACAUCAACUUCCCACAGAGCGUACAACACGCGUCGCGAACAAUCACCUCGCUAAAUCGUACUGCUUCCGAUGGUGACAAGUUUUGGUCACUAAGCCCGUCAUCGAUCUGCUUCUCGCUAGACAGCCAUUCUCUGCUAGCCGUCGUGGAAGAUCAAAGCUAUGCGAAACUCUGCAAGGUCGAUUUGGGUCUGGACCGCAACCAGCCACGGCAGCCGCAAAUGCUGACCGAGCAAGGUCACGUCAACGAUGUGAAACCUCUUCCCAACGGCACAAUUUUCGUUUCCGGCAACUCACUUGUCGACAACUCUUGGUACGCCAUUGUCGACGACCGUCAGCCGAAUAAGGUUGUGACGUGGUCCCAUUCGAGUUCUGCCGCCGGUGGGAAGUUCGGUUUGAGACCGGACCAAGUCUCGAGCAUAUGGACGCCCGCCAACGAUCCGAAGGUCAACAUGAACGUUCACUCGAUCGUCGUCAAACCGAGCAACUUCGACUCCAGUAAGAAGUAUCCCGUUGCGUACUUGAUCCACGGCGGCCCCCAAGGGGCGUGGACCGACGCUUGGUCAACACGCUGGAACCUCGCCGUCUUUGCCGAACAAGGUUACAUAGUUAUUGCACCUAACCCUACCGGCUCGACUGGCUACUCGCAGGCUUUUACCGACGCCAUCCGAUACAAUUGGGGUGGCGACCCUUAUGAGGAUGUUGUGAAGUGCUUUGAGUGGGUAGGUGAGAACAUGCCAGAAGCAGAUAAUGACAACGCAGUAGCACUGGGUGGAAGCUACGGCGGGUACAUGAUGAACUGGAUUCAAGGCCAUCCCCUCGGCCGCAGAUUCAAGUGUCUCGUCUGCCACGACGGCGUCUUCAGCUUCCCAUCUGGCCAGCUGACUACCGACGAACUCUACUUCCCCAUGCAUGACCUCGGCUACCCAUCCUGGCUAAAGCCGCCAGCGCACAUUACAGACAACCCUACAGCCCAAUCAAACACUCCUUCGUGGACACGUUGGGAUCCCGCCAACUACCUUGACCAAUGGUCAACACCCCAGCUCACCAUCCACAGUGAGAAGGACUACCGCCUUCCGAUCGGCGAGGGACUAGCCGCUUUCAACGUCCUGCAAGCGCGAGGAGUUGAGAGCCAGCUCUUGGUCUACCCAGAUGAGAAUCACUGGGUGCUCAACCCGGAAAACAGCCUUACGUGGCACAAGGUCGUGCUGAAUUGGAUCAACAAGUUCAUGGGCUUGCCUCCGUAUAGCACUGAUGACCCGAAUGGCAAUGAAUUUUGGGGAGGAAUCAAGAGCGAAAAGGAAGGCCCGCCGGAUGUGCCCGCUCAAGGCAAGUCGGAGAUGUGAGGGACUCCGACGAUGAUGCCUGCUCGUAGCGGGCGCCACUUUGGAUAAUCGACAACAAUCAGUCCCGUCUUGAUUACUCUAUAUAC